AUGGCUUCUCUCACACGGAAAGGAGAGAGAUGUCCCGCUACGGGGAAAGGAAAAUAUUGGUCUCUUAGGAGACAAUUUACAAGAUCCGAUGAAGACCUCCUAAACCACAUUGGUCCUGAACCUGGCGUUUAUGGACCUACUAUGUGGGAGGACUGUGGCGUUCGGAGGUCUGAAAGACAACUUCCAUGUUGUGACAAGUGUUCUGCCACCCUGGUUGCCCUGAAGAAGCAGGCCCUCAGCCUGGCUGUCCAUCAUCACCUCUCCUCCAAGGACUCUACUGCCGUGUCUGCAUUUCUUCACGACAACCUCGGGGUCCAUAGCAGUCGCUCCACGGUGGAGUGCAGAGAGACAGAACGGGACCAGGGGCUUUGUGGUGCAUGUGGCACCCACCUGAACCAGCUCAAGCAAGAAGCCAUUCAGCUGGCACUGACCAGGGAGCAAGGCAGACGGACCGGUCAGUCAUACACUAAGACUCCUCUCGACUCCAGCCUCAUCACUGCCACCCCGACUAGGACAGUACCCAGAGAAAGUGAGACAAAAGGUGGAGACAAUGCUCCAAGAGAGGGGACUGUUAUCAGCGCAGCGCUGGGGAGCCCUCAGCUACAAAGUCGGACCCACAGCCCCAACAGCCCUCGAACACCUCGCAGUCCCAGGACUCCUCAGAGGACUCCUCAGAGUACCAGAAGGAGAGGGCCGAAGCUCCCCAACCCGGACAUGGACCGCUGGGUGGAGGAGCAGCAGCAGCUGGCUGCAUCUGCAGCUAAAUCUGUAUCAAUGAGCGGCAGUAAUAGUGUCGCCAUCUACCCCUAUCAUCAGACCCCAGAAGAGGUCAUCGAGGCCUGCGGGGAUGCCGGGAACCCACAGAGCAGCCCGAAGAUUGCCCACAUCUCCAGAAUGGCGACCAUGGCAAACUCCGUCGCCAUGUCGUUUCUGGCCAGGGCGGCCCAGAAGCUAAACCUGACAUCCAGGAAGAAAGGUGUCGGUUCUGACCCAGCUCCAGCUCAUCUUACCACCUGCUUCAGGGAGAUCAUCCAGAAAAGCCCCCCGCCGGUCCCACCCUGCCUCCUCCAAGCUGCCACCAAAACCAAAGGCCCACCCAGCAUUGGCAAGGUCAAAGUGAUGCUCAGAGUGCGCCCCACAACCUCCACGGGCCCCUCCCAGCCACCCAUCCUCCGCAUUGACCCGUCCAAGAGGAGGGUAAUUGUAAUGGAACCAGUGUGCAGCGGCAGACAGCACGCUGUGCAUACUGAGGGCGGUGAAGCCAAAGCGCUCCCUAAGUCCUACACGUUUGAUGCCAUCUAUCCGCAGGAGUCAAACCAGGCUGAGGUGUGCACAGGCGUCCUGGCUGAUGUCAUCGGCUACGUGGUCGGCGGCAGCGAUGGAUGCGUUCUGGGUUUGAGAUGCACUCAUAUGGGGUCUUGGUCUGCCAUGGUGGGGACUGACGAGAGCGCCAAGAAGAUGGGGCUCAUUCCUUGUGCCGUCUCCUGGCUGUACAGUGCUAUUGAGCGCCGGAGGGAGAAGACCUGGACUGAUCUGACUGUUUCAGUGUCUGCCAUAGAGCUCUGCUGUGGAGAGGAGCAGACACUGAGGGACCUACUGGCUGAGGUGGCCCCCUCAUCAGGCAAUAUCCAGGACAGCCCAGCAGCUCACAUUAGUCUUCGAGAGGACCCCGUCUAUGGAAUACAGCUUCGUAACCACAACAGGGUGAAGGCCCCCACUGCUGAGCGAGCCGCCUCCCUCCUGGAUGCAGCCAUCGCAUCACGUUACCGUGGCAGCAAGACAGGCGGAGGGGUGGGCGGGGACAUCGUAACGCCCCUUUAUCACAGCUCCAUCAUGUUCUUCACGCUCCACGUCCAGCCCCCCCGUACAGAGAACAGCACCAGUGGCAAAGUUCCACGUGGUCCCAACAAACUGACCCUGAUAGACAUUUGUAGCAGUGUGAAGGGGCUGACUGGAGUAUGCAGGAGCAAGAGGGAACCUCCUCAUUCUGAACUGGGCCCAACAAUCUUGUCUUUACUAAGUGGAUAUAAAAACAUACCCAACAAGAGCAGUAAACUGACGAUGCUCCUUCGAGACUCCUUGGGUCAUGUAAACUGUCAUACAGCAGUGAUCGCUCAAGUUGCUGAUUCACAAGCAAACCUCCUAGAGGCCUUAUCUACCAUCCAGCUGGCUGCACGCAUUCGUAGGACACAGAAGAGAACCAAGCAGUCCGCCUCAUGUUCUCCUCGUGGAAGGAGCCUGAGCAAAGAGAGGAGAGGGCCUCCGCCUCUUUCCCUGCGAGCAUUCCGCUCCAUGGAUGAGGUUGAUGUUGACAUCCCCCAUCUCCGUUUGUAUGAUGAGCUGGAUGAGCGCUCCAGCAGCGAUCAGUCCUGUGACACAGUCAUCCACAUAGACUCAGAUGGCUCGGUCCAGCCCAGAGCCUUUCUCACACUGGCCCAGCCUGAGUUUGUCCCCAUCAUCCCCUCUCUGCAUCCUAUCAAACAUGACACAGAUGACCCAGAGUUUGCUGCGCUCCUCCAGGAACUUUUGAGCAUUCCCCGACCACAGGGAGAGAAGAAAAAAGAAGAAACUGUUGGAGGGAAAGUUGACACGCUGCAAGUGGAAACGGGGCAGCCUGAGAGAGACUGUCUCAAAUGUGACACAUUUGCUGAACUUCAAGAGCGUUUAGGCUGCAUUGAUGGCAGUGAGACAGGCAUCAAUGUGCCUAAACUCUCUCUGUCACCAGACCUUUCUGCAACAACAAACUCACGACCCCAGAAGGACAUGGUCAAGCCGUCAGACACUGACUCAUCAGGGGCACCGCAGAUAUUGCUGUUGAAUCAAGAGUUAAGACGCAGUCAGAUAUCUGCUGGGGAAAAGCCAGCAGAUGGUGAGCUUCCUGAAGAGAGUUUUCAGAGGGAGGACUCAGGCCUUUAUGACUGCGAAGAGGGCAGUGCCGCCAGUUCUAGCGAGGAACCACAAAAUCAUACUCUCAAUCGUAAUGCGAUGCGUCAAGCUGAUUCCUCUGAACUUUCCAACUGUAAAACUCCUACAUCACUGGAUAACCUUUCUUCUCAGAACUGUGUUGCGGACCCCCUGAGCACAACUGUUCCCAAUUCACUUCCGCUCACACUUAAGCCAACAGAAAGCCAUGGGCGUUCUGAAACAAGUGAUUGGCUCAAACCAGAAAUGAGGAUCUCUCCAGUUGGCAAAAGUUCCCCAGUAUCUCCCUCCCUCUUCUCUCCGACCUCCUCUUAUUCCUCCUCUCCCUCCUUGGCUACUAGUGUCAUACUUGGAGACAUCUUAUCUCAUCUACCCCCAGAGGAAGUAAAGGAAAUGAAGGCCACUAUCACAGUAACUGUUCAGCAGCCAUUGGAUCUGACUGGCCAAGAUGAGCUGGUCUUCUCUAUGGUGGAAGAGGUGACAAUCAGAGGAGCAUUGGACAAAGGUAGGAGAGGUGGCAACAUUAUUCACAUCAGAGACACUUGCCAAUCACCAGCACAGGAUCAAGACUCUGGCAGGUCUCGCCCAGUCAGAAUCAUCAGCAACAUCAGUGAAGAUUCUGGAGCUGCAGGAUGUCCUGAUAUGACUGUGAGCCCUGUAGUACAGGCCGUAACCAAAGGGGGUAGCACCCAAAAUUUACCAUCUCAAUUUAGAAAGGAAAAGAAGUUGUUACCCUCGUUUAUAAAUCCCAUGCUUAUUGAUACAGAUAGUGAUUGUUGUAUGCAUGGCGCUAAACAAGUUGAGGGUUCUGAUGAUAGUUUUACAGGAGCAGAGUCAAUGUCUUGGGCCAGGCAGAGUAAACUCAAAUGUUCAGAACACAAGGGGACCCUUGGUAAGAAGAGCCAAGCGUCUACAACUGAGAUAGCUAAUGACAAGAAGUCUGAAAGCCUAUCAGUGUCACCCCAAAGCCAAAUUUCUUACAACACACCUGUAAGAAAUGUCUCACAACACAAACACACGGUUUUCUACGAUGACACAGCAGAAAAAAAAUCCGGUGGGAGAAGGCACAGAAACACAGACAGGAGCCAUCCCAGGAGGGUAGAACAUGUUUGUCCCACUAAUACUCCAAGGGGCUUGAUGGGGGAAGAAACCAGUUGCAGAAUUGUUGGGAAUGCCCCUGGGAGCGUUUCUGUUUUACCUGGUUACCCAGCAACGGUUUAUGAUGCCCCCAAAACAGCUAGCCUGCCAAGUGGCUGGCACAGCACCAAGCACCAGAAGAACAGCUGGGAUGAUCACACAGUAGACAACCACAAAGGCCCAAGGGGGGUGACAUCAUCCAACCCAUGUAGCCCUGAGAUCACCCUAGAGAGGAGGCAGGGCAGGCAGCACUCCACACCCAGCUACAGUGUCCCUUUUUCUCCUCCUCGGAAAUAUAGUACAGAGAACAGAUAUGACACUAGUAGCCUGAAAAGAAAGGGCAUCGGUUCUUUGUCAGAGGGUCUGAGUGCGGGCAUGAAACAUGAUAGCCUAAGUGGCAGUUUUAAGUCCCCCAUUGAGGAGAGCAGCAGCAGGCUUUUCAGUGCUAAACUAGAGCAGCUGGCUGGUAGGACUAAUUCCCUAGGGAGAGCUCCUGUGGAGUGCCAGACUCUGGAGAGAGGCAGCAGUACAACCUCAGUGAGCUCUAAGGGGAGCUCUAGGGGAAGCUCAAAGGGAAGUUUUGAUGGGAAUUAUAAGGAAGGUUACGAGGGAGGUUCUACCUUACCCAGGGCUAGCAGGAGCCCAAGGAGGACUCCCCGAUGUGUACCCAUGACUGAUCCAAGCUAUUCUACCACCUCUAGCAUCAACGCAUCUCAAUCUCCAAGAUCCACCCGCACUAAGCUCUCUGCUGUUGGGAAACUCAAGAUGGUUAGCCCCAAAGUACGCCGGCUAUCUGCCCCUACCACCAAGAACCUCAGCUUCUCACCAUCAGGCUUGUGCCACGCCAUCAGCCGCAGCACAAGCCUCUCCCCAGUUGGGAAAAGUCUCAGCCCAGGGCAGAUGUCCUCCUCUUCUUCCUCCUGUCCUCCCUGGUCCAGUCAUUCUACUAGCCAGAGCUCCAUUUGUUCCUCUACCAAAGCCCCCAUCCAGGGUAUUAUCAAUGGGAGGAUCUCUGACCUUCUGAAGGACAGGGAAACCAGCCCCACCUCAGGAGGAAUGUACAAAACAACCACCAGGUGUCCAACAACAGAAGACAGGCUCUCAGGCUAUUCAUCAUCCACUGACCGUCCCGUGCUCCCUUCACCCUACAGCUGUGUGACUGCUCCCCGUAUACCCAGUCACCUGAGUGGGAAUGCCAGUGACGUGACCAGUGUGCUGAGUGGCGAGCUGCCUCCUGCUAUGGGGAAAACGUCUCUUCUCUGGACUAACAGGAACAGUGUGGUGAGCAGUGGCUAUGAGAGCAUGCUGAGGGACAGCGAGGCCACAGGGAGCAGCACCUCCAACAGAGACUCAGUGAGCGAUAAGAGCAGUUCCCUCCUCAGCAUCGCCCGAAGCAGCCGAACGUCCAGGAGGAGAGGCAACACAGGCCCCCACCAGCAUCGUCUGUCCCACGAUGGGCCCCCGUCCAUGAGGAACUCAGCUAGUGGUCUGCGUUCUCGCUGGGUGGACCGGGGCAUCCCAGAGGCCUACGAAAUAAAAGUCUACGAGAUCGACGACGUGGAGCGUAUGCAGAAACGAGCAGGUGCUGGAAAACAGGGGCCCGCAUGCUUCAGUGCCAAGCUGAAGUUCUUGGAGCAUCGUCAGCAAAGGAUCUCAGAGGUGCGGGCCAAAUACAACAACCUGAUGAGAGAGAUGGAGCAGGCCAAGCAGAAUCUAAUGCUGGAACGCACCAAAUGGAACCAAGAGUAUGACCUGUGGCAGACGUUUGAGGUGGACCCCCUGGAGCAUCUGGAGGCCCUUGAGGUGGUGACGGCUCGGCUGGAGAGCAGGGUCAACCUCUGCAAGGCCAACGUCAUGAUGGUCACCUGCUUUGAUGGGUCCACCAGAAGACGACAGAAGAGACGGCGGCGAACUGCGCCACAGCACCAUGGCUUUAUGGGAAUCUGA